AUGAAGUUUAAGAACAUUAAGGUAUUUAUUCAUGUAUUAAAAUUCUAGAAAAUUGAAAAUUCACAAAGAUAAUUAAGGAUAACUAGUUCAACCAUAAUAGAAAUAAUAAUAGAAACCUUAACUUUAAUAUCAAGAAAAAUAUCUUAAAUGAAUUCUUAGUAUUUCACUAUCCGAUUCAAACAAUUGCAUUGUAUUAAUAAUCUUCAUAUCAUUUUAGAUUGA